AAGCACAACCUAGAGCCAGGUGUGUGUUGCAAUUUCCUGCCCCAGGCUGCAGCAAGCACUGCAGAGGUGCACAGCCAGAGCCCAGCCCGUGCUCAGCAGGCUCUGCCUGGCUCCUCCGGCUGUGUGGUGUCUCCUGACGCCUGCGACUCACUCAGGGACAGGACCCAGGUUGCUCAGGAUGGAGGUGGCUGUGCUGCUGCUGCUGCUGGGGCUGCUGGAGGCAGAGGGCAGAUGCUUCUUCAACCGCACCCAGGAGCACUGCACCUGCUACAACCUGUCUGAGGAGAGCUUAGGCAGCAUCAUCCAGUGCCUCCCAGCCACUGUGGUGGAGUUCUGGGGGGGAGAGCUGCAGAGAUACGUGGCCCUCCCCAUCACAGACCCGGACCCCUCCACCAUUGACAUGCUGGGCUCCCUGACCGUCAGGAAAAUCGUCUUUGGGGAUCUCCUGGUGCCCGAGGCACUCCUCGCCCGAGUGCUCAGGUUCUUCUCCUACACCCAGGUGCAGGAGCUGGCGUUUGAGAGCUGCACUUUCGAGGGGCAGGGCGACUGGCAGCAGAUGGCCGGCCGGGAGCUGCCCAUCCUGUCCCUGCGCUUCCACCAGGUGAGCUCCGCGCCGCUGGCCGGCCGGGAGCAGGAGCUGCGGAGCCUGAGCCGCUGGCUGCGGGAGCUGCGGGAGCUGUCGCUCACCGCCUGCGGCGUCGCCAGCCUGCCCUGUGCCAUCGGCAGCCUCUUCGCAGCCCUGCGCUCGCUGGACGUGGCGCACAACAGCCUCGGGGACGAGAGCCUGGGGUCUGCCUUCUGCCCGGGAGCUUUCCCUCGGCUCCAGGCGCUGAGCCUGCGGCACAACCGCCUGAGGUCCUACCGCGCCGCCUGCCAGGGUCUGCGGCUGCUGCCCGAGCUCCAGCACCUGGAUCUCAGCCACAACAAGCUGCUGGUGGACCCCACCUCCUCCUGCCGGUGGCCACAGUCCCUCCGAACCUUUAACUUGUCCAGCACCGGCUUGGAUGAAGUCCCCGCACCUCUGCCUCGCAGCCUGGAGGUGCUGGACCUGAGCCGCAACCACCUCCGCGCCGUAGACCUCUCCCUGGGCUCCCUGAAGAAGCUCUUCCUGAGCCACAACCUGCUGCAGGCUGCGCCCCCGCUCGGGCAGUGCCCCAUGCUGGACACCCUGACCCUGGGCAACAACUCGCUGCGGGAGCUGCCCUGGGCCGAGGUGAAGCAGCUGCGGGAGCUGGCAGCGCCUGGCAACCCCUACGACUGCUCCUGCUCCGGCGCCGGGGGGCUGCAGGCGCUGGCGGGCAGGGGCCGGCUCGGGCAGGGCUGGCCCCAGGACUACGUGUGCCAGGCCCCGCCUGGCUACCGGGGCGUGCCGGUGGCGGCCGUGCCGGUGUCGGUGCUGCGGUGUCAGCCUGCUGCGGUCAUCGUUCCCUGCCUCAUCCUCGCCCUGCUGGGCGCCGCCGCCGCCGGCUGCCUGCUCAGAGCCAGGGCUGGGCUCGCCCUGCCCUGCCGCGCAGCCUGACCUGGAAACAGCCCCCCCAGGGCUCCCCCCCGGGGGGCUGCCCGGCCAGGAUCUCCCCGGCGAGGCUCACAGGACCCCCAGCUGCUGGGGAGGGGCUCUCUCGGUGUCCCCAGGCCACGGUCCCUGGCUGCCCAGGGAGGUGCUAGAAUCAGCAUCCCUGGGGGGGAUGUUUGGAAGAGGUUUGGGUGAGGAGCUUAGGGAGUGAGUUAUGCACAGGGAGAUGUUGGGUGGUGGUUGGACUCUUGAGGUCUCUUCCAGCCAGGCCAGG